CACCGACCUCCAACCUCCCCGCGAGCCCCCGCGAAUCGAAUCCGCGAUGGCGGAUCCGCCGUCUGUGCUCACGCUCCUAGUGAAGAAGGGCCCUUGCGAAGGGAGGGCCCUGCAGCGCCGCGCCGGCGCCGCGGCGCUCCGUGUCGGCCGCGUUGCCAAGGGCAACGACCUCUCCGUGCGCGACGCGGGCGCGUCGCAGAGGCAUCUCUCCGUCGAGUUCCUCCCGCCGCCCGCGGCACGGUGGGCCGCCACCGACCUAGGCUCCUCCAACGGCACCCUCCUCAACGGUACGCCUCUCGUGCCCACCGUCCCGGCGCCGCUCUCCGAUGGGGACCUCAUCAAGAUCGGGGAGAGCACCGUGAUCGCCGUCUCCAUAUCGAUCGAUGCGGGCCCGGGACCGGGCCCCGCCGCCACUAGGCGUUCCGCGCGCAACGCAGCUGCCGUGGCGGCGGCGCCGGAGGAGGAGGAUCAGGGCCCCGCGGUUUCGCGCAGGGCCGGACGGAGGAAGGCCGGUGCGGCGGAAGCCCCCGAAGGUGGGAAUGAAGUGGAGGAAGCUGCACUCCCGACUCGCCGAGGCGGGCGGAAGAAGGCCGUUGAGCCCGCUGGGGUGGAGAUGGGAGCGGAAAAGGAGGAGGAGGAGGAGGCGGCAAUACCGCGCCGGGGCAGGUCGAGGAAGGCUGCAGCGACGGUUGUCCUUCCGCCACAGCCGCAAAAUACGAGGUCAGCGAGAGCUACUGCAAGGAGAGGUGAGGCGGUGGGGUGCCAAAACGAUGAGGGAAAAGUGGUGGGGACUGGAAGGGGGAGAGGACGGGUUACAAGGGCAAGUGCAAGGAAUGGCACGAGUGGUACUCCCGAGGAUGAGGAGGAAGAGGAGGGUGAAGAUGCUGUGGCCAGAGAUCGGGGAGGGACAGUUGUUGAGGGCAAAGGUGAUGAAGAGGAGGAUAUGGUAGAGACCACAGACAGAACUUCACAUGCAUCAGAGGUGGUGCCGGCGGCUGGGAGAGGACGAGCAAAGAGGAGCAGAAGAGGAAGAGGCCGAGGAAGGGCCACAAGGGCAAGGAAAGCUGAGGAUGCAAUUGUUGAGAACGAUGAAAAUGAGCAAGAGGAAAGGGAUAUGGCUCAUGCCAGAGAUCGAGAGGGGAGCCCAUUGAGGGUUUUGGCCGUGAGUGAUGGUUCUGAACAGGAUAAGGUGACAAUUGAGGACGGCAAGUUGGAUGGAACCUCAAAGGUAUCCAUGGAGGAUGAGAAGAUGGUGGAUGUGGAGGAAGAUGCGACAUUGACAGAGAGGGAAAUUGAGGGGAGGGACAAUGCUCAGCAUGCUCCUGCUGACAAUGGUGGUGUGGAAGAAGAGGAGGUGAAAAAUUUGAGCAAGGAAGGGGAAACUGAAGUUGACCAGGAAUUGAGAGAAAAAGUGUCACCAGAGUCAAAGCUGGAUGGUGUUGAAGUGGAAGAGAAUGAUACAAGGGAAACUAUUGCUGCCAGUGGAGAGAAAGGCCAUGUGGGGGAGCACACAGGAAGACGCCGCUUGGAGGAUAUGACAUUGGGGGAGUGGUUUGUUCAGAUCGAGAAAUUCCUUCUAGCAAAGAAUGCAGAGGCUGCUGAAAAGGCGAUAGCUGAAGUGCAAGAGAAACAUCGGCGGUUUUGUGAGCAUGUUAAAAUGCUCAAAAAGAGUUCUGCUCCUUGAGAUUCCAUGGAUCAUCUGGAAAUAUUUUGUACAGCCUAAUGUUGGAAGGUUUGAUGACACCAUGAUAUCACAAUAAAGACAACAAUGCUGAAGUGUCGCAAACUGUAGGUUUAUGGUGUAGGCACCAGUAGUAGGUUGAUGAUCUUGAAAGUUGUUUAUUCCAUUCAUGAUUCUGACGAGAAUGCCGUACUAGUAUGUAUAAAGUAGCUGAAUUCGUUGUUGCAUCCAGUAGAGUUCUUCUGUCCUGAACCUCUAUAUAUGAUAGUUAACUGCAAAAUGCCAAAACCCUUUUAUCCCGUGUCUUAGUUUAUAAUGCAGAUAUUUGGAGGGUGGCAA